AUGGCUGUAAAAGGAUUAGGGGGAGUUGACAAGCAAUAUGAUGGUUCCAAAUUAAGGAUUGGUAUUAUCCACGCAAGAUGGAAUAAGAAAAUCAUUGAUGCCCUAGUAGAAGGAGCAGUUAAAAGACUCAAAGAGUUUGGUGUUCUUUCUGAAAACAUUGUAAUUGAAUCGGUUCCCGGAUCAUUCGAGUUACCAUAUGGUUCAAAACUAUUUUAUGAAAAGCAAAAGAAUAUACAUGCUCCUCUUGAUGCAAUUAUCCCAAUUGGGGUAUUAAUCAAAGGAUCAACUAUGCACUUUGAAUACAUUUGUGACUCAACUACUAAUCAAUUGAUGAAAUUGAAUUUUGAAUUGAACAUUCCUGUUAUAUUUGGGGUUUUGACUUGCUUAACUGAGGAGCAGGCUGAAGCCAGAGCUGGGUUAAUAGAAGGAAAGAUGCACAACCAUGGCGAAGAUUGGGGUGCUGCUGCCGUUGAAAUGGUUUGCAAAUUUAAAUAG